AUGUCCGGAGUUGAUGAAUUCACAUUGGCUUAUCCGGCGAAGAAGAAUCCGUUCCAUGUUUUAGUUCCUUCUCCAAGUCUCAAUCGUUUACCGGAUUCCUUUUCUCCGGGUUCUAAUUUGGGACCCUGUUGGAUAUUAUCACUUACUGUUAUCCUUUCAAUUUCGCUUCAUAUCUAUUGUGAAACAUUCUUCACCAUUCCAUUUGGUGUUUACUGUUUACUGAAAGAUGAAAAGCCCGCCUGGCAAAGGGCAAAUCUUGAAUUUAAGAAUAGUCCAAUCACAGAAGGGCUCUCCCACUUGAGCAUGCACCACUUGUUACGUAUAAAAAAUGGUGACCUGCAGUCGUUUAACAUUUCACACAACCAGCUAAAUGGUGAAUUACCUGCUGGUGGCUUUUUUAACACCAUAGCUCCCUCUUCAGUCUCUGAAAAUCCAUCCCUUUGUGGGGCACCAGUCAACAGAAGUUGCCCUACAGUCCUUCCAAAGCCAAUUGUGCUAAAUCCCAACUCAACGGAUGCCACUCCGGGUACAAUCUCCCAAAGCUUUCAUCGUGGAAAGAAAAUCCUAAGCAUUUCCGCCCUCAUUGCAAUUGGUGCAGCUGCUUCGAUUUUCAUUGGUGUCAUUGCAAUCACCGUGCUUAAUCUUCAUGUACGUGCCUCCACAUCUCGCUCGGCAGCAGCCCUUACCUUUUCUGGUGGCGACGACUUUAGCCAGUCACCUACCACAGAUGGCAAUUCUGGGAAGCUUGUCAUGUUUUCAGGCGAUCCUGACUUUAGUACUGGGGCACAUGCUCUUCUUAACAAGGAUUGUGAACUUGGGCGUGGAGGAUUCGGAGCUGUCUACCAGACUAUGCUUAAAGAUGGACGUUCUGUUGCCAUUAAGAAACUCACUGUUUCAAGUCUUGUCAAGUCCCAAGAAGAUUUUGAAAGGGAAGUUAAAAACUUAGGGAAAGUCUGUCAUGCUAAUCUUGUGGCACUUGAAGGUUAUUACUGGACUCCAUCACUACAGCUUCUUAUAUAUGAAUUUGUCUCUGGUGGAGAUUUGUACAAGCACCUCCAUGAAGGAUCCGGUGGGAAAACUCUCCAUUGGAACGAGAGGUUCAAUAUUAUUCUGGGUGCAGCUAAAGGCUUGGCUCAUUUGCACCAAAUGAACAUAAUCCACUACAACUUAAAAUCAAGCAACAUCUUGAUUGACAGCUCUGGUGAACCUAAGAUUGCGGAUUAUGGUUUAGCCAGGUUGUUACCGAUGUUGGAUCGUUAUGUUUUGAGCAGCAAGAUUCAGAGUGCCCUCGGUUAUAUGGCACCUGAAUUUGCAUGCAGAACUGUUAAGAUAACAGAGAAAUGUGAUGUGUACGGUUUUGGGGUUUUGGCUCUUGAGAUAGUUACUGGGAAGAGACCUGUUGAGUACAUGGAGGAUGAUGUAGUAGUGCUUUGUGACAUGGUCAGAGGAGCACUGGAAGAUGGCAAGGUAGAGGAUUGUGUUGAUGCUAGGCUGCAAGGGAAGUUUCCGGCUGAGGAGGCAAUUCCAGUGAUGAAGUUAGGAUUAAUCUGCACAUCGCAAGUGCCUUCAAACAGGCCAGUCAUGGCCGAAGUGGUUAACAUAUUGGAGCUAAUUAGAUGCCCUUCGGAAGGUCAGGACGAGUCAGGAUGACUUCAACUAACUCGUAGAUGUCCGGAGUUGAUGAAUUCACAUUGGCUUAUCCGGCGAAGAAGAAUCCGGUUUGGUUCAUUUAAAAUGGAGAAUUCAGUUAUUUCUAUAAUUCUUUUGCUUAUGUUGUUUUCGUAAAUUUUUGAACUCUAGUUCCAUGUUUUAGUUCCUUCUCCAAGUCUCAAUCGUUUACCGGAUUCCUUUUCUCCGGGUUCUAAUUUGGGACCUUGUUGGAUAUUAUCACUUACUGUUAUCCUUUCAAUUUCGCUUCAUGUUGGUCUAACAAGCCAUUUAACUUAUGAUGAUUCUCUCCUUUUUUUUUCUUCUUCA